AUGUCUUCCGCGUGUAUAAUAUGUCAUAAAAGAAAGGUGAGGUGUGAUUUUGCAACGCAAGACCCGUGCACCAAUUGCAAAAAGUCCGAUGUGGAGUGCAGGCCUUAUACGCGGAAACGCAAGAGAUUUACCAACAGUCUGUCGCCGGGCCGCAAUCUGUCAAGGCUUGAGUCAAGCUCUGCCCCCUCAAGUCAGCCACGGGGAUCUCAAAUACCCGCCGACUCAGAUGGAGACGCGCCAUUGAGCUCGUUGAGCAGGCCUCAACGAGAUGCAGAUGAUCGGGUCGCGCCAAAUGUAACUAAUCAUGGUGAACCAUCCAUCAAGCAAGAGAGCUAUCGCGGGCGCAGCGAAUACCUCGGCGGCAGCGUGCCGUUUGAUGAAAAUAUGGUGAAACCCGGUCGCGAGACCACAUACACCAACCCCAAGGCAUCAACGAUCGAUUUACAGAUGCUUCGCGACCAGAAUGCCUUUGAACUUCCACCGGCUUCCGUUCAGAAGGAGUUGAUGGCGAGUUUUAACACGCAUUGUGCGCCUUGGACGCCGGUCGUCGACCCCAGGUGGGUGGAAGACAGCGCGCCCUCAAUGCUACUCUUGCAAGCCAUAUUUCUAGCCGGGAGUCGAGUCUCCAAAGCUCAUCUGGACUACGGAUCCAGUGAGGUGUUCUAUCGGCGAGCAAAACUGCUCUUCUUCUUUGGCGGAUGUGACGAUCCUCUUAUCUCCAUCGUCGCUGCCUGCCUCUUGCAUUGGUAUAAUCCCGUUGGACCGGAAGAUGUCUCUACCGAUACGAGUGGGUUUUGGAUUCGAACGGCUGGGGCGAUGGCUUUUCAGAUUGGGCUUCAUAAAGAGCCGCCUCCGAACUCGCGCGAUCGGGGUUUACGGCGGAGGCUGUGGUGGUCUCUAGUGGUGCGUGAUAAUAUUAUUUCCGUUGGUGUUGGCCGACCACGAACUAUCAACCUGCGCGACAGCGAUGUGUUGCCACCAUCGCUCAACGACUUCCCCUCGAACAACUUCAAGUCCCAGCUGUUCCUCGGGUACUGUACAAUAGCCCGACUUCUAGGCGAUACCGUCGAGUCCCACUUGCGACAAGAAAUCUCUCGCCAACGGCAGAUAGAUCUUGAAAACGCUGUCUACAGAUGGGCCAAACAGGUCAUUCCGAAAUUGCAAUCAGCCGUCGCAUCCCAGGAAGAUGCAGUCAUUUGCAAUCUGGAAGUUCAACAGCUUCUAGUCAUGUACUUUGUGGUUCUCACCAUUCUUCAUCGCUCUACCACACCGGGAGGCUCACCACCUGCCGCAGCACUAGUCGCAUCAUCAUUCAUUGCCGGGAUUUAUGAAGAGUUCCUGCUCCGCGACGAGUUGCGAUAUCUAGGCCCUGUCUUCGCAUUCUACCCAUUAUGUGCCGGUCUAUCUCUACUGUCCAGCAGUCGGUACACGCAUUUACAGAGCACAGCCGAGCACGAAUUAACCGUCUUGAAACUGUGUCUCCAAAAACUUUCUGAAAGAUGGCUCUCGGCAGUCGGACCUUUGCGCGCCUUGAACAAAUUGACCGAGAAGGUCCGAGAACAGGGCCCGUUCGAGGGUACACCACCCAAGCUUGAUGCGGACGCCGCUUCUUUCUUUGAAGGGUUUGAAACAACCUUGUGCAAACAGUGGCAGGUUCUUGGACACUCGUUGGAGCCUAUCAGUGGGAACUCUGGUAUUGCACCGACGUGUAAUUUGGCGGACAUUCAAGACCCAAGUGAGGUGCUCCAGUCUCUUGAUGCAACCGCCGGGCAACAGGAUAAUUAUGACUUUGCGUCCCUUGAUGUUAGUCUAGACCCGUUUAGUAAUAACUGGGAAGGGGCUGGGCUUGAUUGGAGUAGUUCUUGGCUGCUCAAUGUAUGA